ACUACACUCAGAUUCAAUUCAACACUAUCUUCAGACUGAAAUACCAUAUAUCAACAACCAGUAACCGCACAAACCUACAGCAACGUGUCAGAUAAUACAAUAAUUUUGUUCGGUUUACUCUGAUCACUAUAUCACCAUAAUAUCAUGCAGCAUUCUAAGGUGUUGAGCCUGCAGCGUUUCGUGAUCGCGGCGGCGGUGGCGUUAAUAAUAAUGUCAUCGGUGGCGGCGGACGAGCCGGUCGCCGAACCUUCGCUUUACUCGGCGGCAUACUUACCACCGAAACCUGUGGUCGUAGUCGGCGACCCGCUACACUACAGCAGUCCGUACGAUGGUGCCGUGGCCAGCACGUCGACGAGCGUGUUCCGGACACCCGGCCACCCGGGACAAGUGUCCACAGUCCACAAAACCGUCGAGACGCCGUACUCGUCCGCGCACAAGGCGGACGUACGAUACACCAACGACGUGCAAUUGCCGUAUCAUCACUACCCAGCCGCUGUCCCGUACGGCUACGGCCCGGCCGCAGUCCCAUACGGUCAUGCUGCGGCUGUCCCGUACGGCCAUGGACCGGCCGCAGUCCCGUAUGGCUACGGUCAUGCUGUGGCUGUCCCGUACAAUCAUGGACCGGUCGCGGUCCCGUACGGCCAUGGACCGGCCGCCGUCCCGUACGGCUAUGGUCAUGCUGCGGCUGUCCCGUACAAUCAUGGACCGGUCACUGUUCCGUACGGCCACGGCCCAACCGCCAGUGGAUAUUCAGUCUCACACGCCAGUUUCUCCGGACCGCACGGAACCCACUACUCGUACAGACGGUGAUUUGGAUGAUUCAUAUAGGUAAAUAGCGCGUGCAGCGAAUGUACCUACAAACAUAAUAUGAUAAUAAUUGUAUCGUUGUUAUUUUUAUUAUUUACGCAAAUUAUUUAUUGUAUUUAAUGUGACAAAAAAUUAUAUAAUAGGUAUAUUUAAAAAAUAAUAUUUUAAGAUUUGAAGUUGAAAAACAAACGUCCAGCGAUUUGACGAUGAACAACAAUAUAUAUGUAUAAUAUAUCGGAAGUUUACAAAUAAACGAAGUUACCUUAUUA